AUGAAUGGGGUACUCGCCCUUUCAGCAUACCAAGUUGCGUCAGUUACUCACUGCCAACAUGCCCGUCGGAAAGAGUAUCAAUACCAGAUGCUAGCUAUCCAGGAUCUCAGAAGGUGUCUGUCCAACUUUAGGCCGGAGCAUGCUGAUGGAGCCCUUGUUGCCUCAAUGGCCUUGCUAUGGCUCUGUGAAGACAUGUCGAGCCGAAGACAGAUUGCAGAAGGGAUCUCAGCGAUUUUGCAAACAUGCCACCGGUUAGGUCACCAAUCCGGAUUUUAUCACAUGAUAUCAAAAGCAUGGCGUCAAACUGCCCAUCUGCACACAACGCUCAAGACGGAGUGCGGGAAGCCGAAUGGACUACAACGUAUAAUUGUCGAGAUGCAGAAAUUCAAGGCCCUCUUGAAGGAGCAAGAACCGGACGAUGACACUUGGAGACAACUGCGGUUACUCAUCGCCCUCGCGGAGGACUUGACCGAACUGGAGCCAUCAACACCUGCCGAUAAACAAUUCGAACGGAUCCGGCUAUUGCGAGACUACAAACUCUGGCUCCCACUUAACGACCUCUUGACCGGCAGGAACCUGUCGAGCACGCUGAUGGUUAAUGCCUACCUAUACACGAUAGCUUUAUACGCCCAGCGCCAGACAUCGCAGGCGUAUAUGAUUGACCUGGGAGUUGACCUGCCCAGUUUGCUGGAUGAAACGUUCCGGCAAAUCACACCUAUUAACUCGUACCUUGGUCCACUCAACAACCUGAAAGCCCUGGUAUCGUCAUUGUCAUAA